GCAACCAGUUGCUCCAGCCCCGCUCCUCGUUGACAUGUCCCAGAGAAGGCGGCGCAUACGGCGGCCUCUCAGCUCAAGCCGAGCCAUAAGUUGAGGACAUUCGGGGGACGCAGGUUGUGAACGACAGAGGUUUACAUGCGUGCGCUUCCCCGCUGUCGGUUCUUGGAGGAAUGAGAGGCGUAUGUUCGGCUCUUAAGAUGGGAUUGUUUUUGCACGCUGUGGGUUCUGUGAGCCCCACGGAGUCCGCAGCAGAGAGGAGCUUGACCCAGUGUGAAGGCGUCAACAACCAGAGUUACUUCUGCGAGUACGGACACUGCUGCGGAGAAUCCCAGUGCUGCAGUUAUUACUAUGAAGUUUGGUGGUUUUGGCUGGUGUGGGUAAUCAUCCUAAUUUUGUGCUUCUGCUGCAUUUGCCACCAUCGACGCACAAAACACAGACUGCAGCAGCAACAACGGCAGCACGAGAUCAACCUCAUCGCUUACCGUGAAGCACACAACUUUCCCUCAGUUCCCUUCUACUUCAGGUUUCUGCCAAACUACCUCCUUCCCGACUAUGAAGAGGUGGUCAAUCGGCCUCCGACCCCUCCACCUCCUUACACUGCCUUAAGCACAAGCCCAUCCUCAAUGUCUUCUGUUCCCAUGGCUCCUGAGCAGCAGAUGGGACACUGUCAGUCCAUCCAGUCCACCCCUGUCCCCCCAGUCUCUGAUGGUCUGGGCAGCAGACCCACAAUAGAGGAACUGCCUCCUCCUAUAUUUGACUUUAGGCCGAAGGAUGACAACAAACCCGUGCAAACAGCACGAGAUUCCAGCAUUAUUCCUCUGUCAGACAGGCUGAAUGUGGAGACACUCACCAGCCAGGAGAAGAAAACAGAAGGUGGGGAUGACUCCUGCAAGGACCCCCUGCUAAAGGACUUCACCCUGUCAGAAGGCUGUACUGAUGAUAAAGAGCGGCUCCCCAAUGGAAGGAGGCGGCGUUUCACUGGGGACUCUGGGAUUGAGGUGUGUGUGUGCGGCUCACGUGGGAGCAACAGUUGUGGUGGAGCCGGAGGGACAGACCAGGACGGUAAGGAACGAGAGAGCCUGCUGGGGCACAGUGGGGAGGACAAUAAUGAGGAGGAGGAUGCGGGCGACUUCUGCGACAGUUGUGGUCAUCGAGCCUCCCUGAAUUUGGAGGAGGACCAGGCUCUGGUUGGGUUGGAGAGGAGGCCCGGACGCGGGCUGCCGGGAACCCCUCAGAUGCCUCAGAAUGUAGGCAGCGGCUCACUCAGCGCCCCUGUGUGCCUUCUCCUCCACACCAUCAGUGAACAGGACGGCCCGACCCAUAGUUCUGACCCGCAGGGCUGAAACACGGUCCUUAUUCACACAGGAAAGGAGAACAGAUUUGCUGAGUUUGGUGCUGAGCAUUGUUUGAAGCUCCUUCAGAUUGUUUUAUAAUUGAGUACAUCUUAGAACAACCAGAUGUGGGAGCAGCAAAAUGACUGAUCCAAAGGUGGAGACACCUUGCUCUUCUCCAUACUGGUCCCAGUGGCCUUAAACAGUGCAUUAUGGGUUAUGCAGUGCAAGCCUGUUCAAGCUCUGCUCUCUGCAGUCAUCCUUCUCCUUCAGCCCAACCCACUGACUCGGUGAAGGUCUUCACAGCUGAAGUGGGGGAAUGAGAAAGGAACGGUACCUGUGCAAUUGCAUGAAAUCUGCAGAGCUGUUCUCUGCUGCCACCGAACUACGUGAUGGUGAUCGGAAGGUGCACAGCAGGAACAUUUUAUAUGCAGUCACCUGUGCGACCAGAUGAAUUGAUACUGUAUGGGAUGUCGGGAGCAGACUGCAGGAUGUCCCGCUAGUCAUGCUUCUAAAGAUCUUUUUCAGCAGCAGUUAUUAACCACUCUGCCUUCUGUUUGUCUUGCUCUAUCAGCCUUGCAAGUUAUAGGGUAGUUAAUGUUCAUUAUUAAAACAUAAAUCAAAGUGUGAACACUUCCAGUUUUGCACAUUUUCUAUAAAAGUUAAAUAUUUUUUCAAAGUAAAACCAAACCAAACUUAGGUUUAGUUUUUCCCUAAUUUAGUCUCGAGUUGUGGUUUGUGAUUAGUUUGUCACAUGUUUAAAUAAAUAGAUCAGUGUGUGUGUGUGGUGUUAUUAGUAGGAAAUGUAACAUUUACGUGGCGUACAAUCAUUUUCUAUCUGAAGUAGCUGAAUGUAUGUAGUCAGUGCCUAACAAACCGCAGUGUGUGAUUUUGAGGAACAAUGAUAAGCUUUAGUGAAACUGACAAAUGCUGAUAAAGCAGACACUGAAAUCAAGAAUGUUGGGCUUCAGAGAGAGAUUAAAACUGAAAUGGGCAACACCCAGCCUCUUUCAGUCACACAGAUUAUCACCUUCACCAGCUUCUAAAUGAAAAUAUUAAUCCCUCAUUAGAACCAUUGUACUACUAUUAAGAUUUGAUGUUGCUUUUUGGAGCAACUUCCAUUCUGAUGUCAUUAAAUGUUUCAGCAAAAUGGUUUUUGAAACAGAUUUAUAAGUUGAAGUUUGUCCUUUUUAAAACCUUUGGUGUUUGCACUGUUCAGUUAGAGAGGAAAGUCAAGAAUAAACCUAAACGUUUGUAUUUGGGUGGUUACUUAAUAUUUAGGCAUCUGUUAAAAUAAGGCUGGAUGAGUCAACUAAAAGGUAGUUGUAUUGGUUUCUCCUGAUAUGAAAUCCUUCCAAAAGUGUUCAUAGCCUUGAAUAUUGUUUUCUCACAACAAACUUCACUGCAUUUUUAUUGAGAUUUUUAGUGACUUGCCAGCAUAAAGUAGAGCACGGUUUUCUACAUUUUCAACAAAUAGAAAUCUGAAAAGUGUGGAAUGUGAAGCUUCUUUCACUUUGAGUCUUUUGGGGUUCGUCUCUUCCUGCUUUGCUCAUCUAGGGACUGAGUCUUGCGACCUCUAACAGGCUUUCAUCCAGGAUCAACCUGUGUAUAACUCCAUCCAUCUUCUACUGAAGUCUGAACCAGAUUCCCUGUUCCUGCUGGAGAAAAGCAUCCCUUCAGUACCAUGCUGCCACUACCGUGUUUGACUGUGGGGUAAUGCGUUUCAGCAGCGUUGCAUUUUCACAACACAACGGUGAUUUGCGCCUCCUCCAGAAGGUUUCAUUUUGGUCUCAUCAGAGCAGCUUCUUCCACAUCUUUGCAGUGUGCCCUAGAUGACUUGUGGCAAACUGCUGUGUAUCUCUGCAACUCCUCCAGAGUUGCCAUGGUCUUCUUGGCUGCUUCCCUGAUUAGUCCUCGCCCUGCUCUGCCUGUCAGUUUAGGUAAUGGCUAUCUUGUUUUAUUGUGUUAUAACCUAACCGUUCUCUAAACUCCUCCAGUCUUCUCCCUGGCCUGUUUGCUGAUGUGUUCCUUGGUCUUCAUCAUGUUUUUCACUAAUGUCCAAUAAACCCCCGACACCCUGACAGAACAGGCGGAUUUAAAAUCAGAAUGAAUUACUCUGUUUACUAAUCAGGUGACCUCUGAAGGCAACUGGUUGCUCUAGAUUUAUUUAGGGGUAUCAGAUUAAAGGGGCCUUUAAACACAUGAUUUCAGAUCUUUAUUUGUAAAAAGGAUCAUUUACUUAAAACUUCACAACUAUGAACGACUUCUUGAUCUGUGACAUAAAAUCAAAGGAAUGCUUAGAGGUUUGUGGUUGUAAUGUAACAAAGUUGUCUUUGUGAUCUAAGUUUCCACAACAAUUAAAUUACACACUUAGUCGUGUGGUAUAGAGAUGUUUAUUUCUGUACAACUAAGUUCCGGUAAGAACUUCCGGUUGACUCAAGUGGGUGUGGUAUAAAAGAAGCCGGCCACGCCCCUGAGACGUGUGUCUCCUGUGUGUUUCCACUGAGUGGUUCGCGUCCUGUGGGACUUGGCUGCAGACGAGUGACAGAUUGUAAAGUGUGGUAUCUGCGGUUUUGAUUUCCUUGUGGUAGAUGUUCUCUCUUGCUGCACUACGGCUGAUCUUUGUAGAAAAGCUAAGUUUAGUAUGAUUAUAGGUGAUCGCCACAGUCCUGCUUCUCCUCUUCCUCCUGUGCGUGUGUGUGGACCGGCAGGUGGGUAUGUUAAUUCUCAUUGUCGGCUCAAGUUUCUUACUUUAACUGAACUAGUGAUCAACUAAUUAAAUCUCAUAGGUCUUUCCUGAUAACUGGAUCGCUGCUGUUUUGUCUCCGGACCUGUUUCCGAUGUCUGGAUCUCGGUGGAUCUUACCGGUGGUUGAAUUGUUUGGGGUGUAGCGCCCAGCUCACAUCCCGCUGCAGCGUGGCUAGUGGGCCACAUUUGGUCCCAAUCCUCUUUUAACUUAGUUUGGGGGAAGUCACUGGGUUAAUUUUACUUUAUUUUGUAAAUUACUUUGUUUUUUUAUUUUUAUUAUACUGGGGUGUUCAUGAUAUUUAUUGUUUUUAUUUUGCAGCUGAGGCCCGGUGGUGGUGCUGGUGUGACGGUGUCUUCCUCCUUUGUGUUGCGUGAUUCCUGAGUUUGGGUUGUCUUACUGUCUGGUGCCUUUUUAAUGAGGGUUAUUUUUGUUUUUCUGUGUUUAGUGCAGGCCGUCCCUCUGUACUGUUUUUUUUUUUUUUUCUUCUUUUUUAUUUAUUUUUCUUUGAUCACAAGUUUUUUAAAGGUUUUUAAAUUAGGACUUAAUAAAUUGACUUUGUAAAUUCGGAUCUCGUUUCAGUGGUCACAUGUAUUGUUAUAAAUGAACCUGUGUGCCUUUUUCUUACACAAAGGUAAUAUUCUCUGGGUGAAAUUCCCAGGGUGGCGUUUUUGAGCUUUUUUAUCCUUGAGUUUGGGGUUAUGGUACCUAAUAUCGCCACAUACUGAAGAAGUCACUGAUGUUUUGUGCAACUUGAAUCAUUUGGAACCUGGAAUUAGAUUAUAUAACACUUUCCUUCCUACAACUGCAAGGAAGCGCACAGCCCCAUCUCUGCAAAGCGCAAACCUUUUUAACAUUUGGUCAAACCAAUUUAUUUUAGUAUGCAUAUAUACUGAAAGCACCUUGCAGGAGGCCGUCUCCCCUCAUUCUUCAGCACAGGGUUACAGUGCAAUGAGAAACUCUGUAUUACCACUAAGCUGAUUGAGCUUUAUGCAUCACGACUUGGACACACUUUAAAGUGCUUUACAUAUUAGCGCAUUUUGUGAACUAAAGGUGGAGUAUUGCGUACUUUUAUCUCAUUAAAGAAGUAUUUUCAUAUAUGCUUGUUAUUUAAAUGUAAGAGAUAUAACAUCCUAAAACCACUUUAUAAUUGCAAAUUGUGUGCAGUCAUCUGUAACGUGUUGGAGAACCAUAUAGUUGCUUUCAUAUUUUUAAUAUAAAAAUCAUUAGCUUUAUUUCCAUGGACAGAUUUAUUAUGGCUAAUACUGAGUUCUUAUAGAAAAUCUCCCUGCAUUGCGAGGUUGUGGGAAAGGUACAUUUCACUAACCAUAAGCAGUUCUGGGGCUCAACGCAGUUUUGCCAAAGAUGCUUUUUUGGUUUUAAGUUUGUGUUUUGCACAUAUUCUGUGAAUGUUCUGAUCAUAAGCCAUUUAUUUCAGCAACUAAGAUGAAUGUAAAUUCAAUAAAUAUAAGUUUACAGAC